AUGCCAACAACACCCGGCGGCGAGAUUGAUGAGGGUGUCCUCAAAACAUUAGGUACUGCUACCGAAACCAAAAUCACAAAGCCGGUCCGAGGGCUUCCGAUGCGACCAUCCAUGGUUAACUCCCAGGAGGCGACCCUAGGACUGUGUAAGCCGGCUACCGUGAAGAAUAGCCUUGAGCGCGGCCCGACCACAGAGAUGAAGAGCGACAACGAGAACGAGAUCGAGUUGCCGCCAAAAAUUGGCUUCCACGGGCAAAGAUGGUUCCGCCAUAAGGCAUUGUCUGCGUACAGGAAGCUGUUCAUUAUGGUUUUUAGUAUCAACCUCAUCGCCUUCAUCGCCAUGCUUGUCAACUCACCCAGCGAGGGUCUCAAAGUCAAUGAUAUAGCUACAGCGGUUGCGGCGAACCUUUUUGCGUCGGUGCUAUUCCGACA